AUGGCGUUGGUGACCGUUACGCCUCUUUCCGCGCCCGAACCCGAGCCCUCAGCUCGCCCCGACAACCUUCCCCGGCCCAGCGUGGCAAUUUCAUGGGAUACCCAAGCUCUAUGCAAGCAUGCGGAAACCUGCGAGUUGGGAUCAGAGGCAUUCCUGAUUGAUCCUGCUCUGCUUCCAACUCUAGAAGGUCUACUUCUAGAAACAUAUGCGAUGUUGCGCCCAAAGCCAGUUGAGUAUGAGCAACGACGUACUAUGAUAGACGUCUUCAACAAAAUUGCCAAAGAUAUUUUUGGUAAAAAAGAUGAUUUUCCAGUUGUGGAACCGUUUGGGUCAUUCACAAUGGAUCUAUUUACUACUAAAAGUGAUCUUGAUCUCUCUGUCAACUUUAGCAAUGAUAUGGAUGGUCAAUUUGCUCGCAAGGACAAGAUUUCUGUUAUUAGAAAGUUCGCAAAAGUCCUACAUAAGCAUCAGAGCCGUGGUCGUUGUUAUGGGGUUUUACCUGUUUUAAGUGCUAUAGUUCCUGUACUGAAGGUUACUGAUAAGGGAACUGGGGUUGAAUGUGAUAUUUCAGUCGAAAACAAAGAUGGCAUGUCAAGAUCGAUGAUAUUUAAACUUGUUUCUUCAAUUGAUGAAAGAUUUCAGAUACUUUGUUAUCUGAUGAAGUUCUGGGCUAAGACACAUGAUGUUAAUUGUCCCAAAGAUCGAACGAUGAGCUCGAUGGCAAUUAUCUCCUUAGUUGCUUUCCAUUUACAGACCCGGCAUCCUCCAAUAUUACCUGCAUUUUCCGGCUUACUGAAAGAUGGUGCAGACUUUGCAAGUGUCCAGAGAAACGUUGUGCUAUUCAAGGGGUUUGGGAGCACUAAUAAAGAAUCCGUUGCUGAACUUUUUGUAUCACUAAUGAGUAAACUACUAGCAGUAAAGGAUUUAUGGGAGCAAGGGCUUUGUGCCAGCAAUUUUGAUGGAUUCUGGAUCUCAAAGACCUGGAACAGAGGAAUUGGUAACUUGAGUGUGGAAGACUUCUUGGACAGAUCUCAGAAUUUUGCCAGAUCAGUAGGGAAGGUGGAGAUGCAGAACAUCUGUGAAUGCCUAAAGGAUACUGUUUCCAAAUUGACUGAUUUCUUUAGGGGUAAAAUUGAUGCACCGACACUGAAGAUCCUCAUUUUUGGGGCGUUAAAUCAGGAUGUGCCAGUCAGUCACCCCAGUCCAAAACAUGUUAAGAGCAAGAGGAAGAGGGAGUUGCGACAUGACCCCGGAAACAGUGAGAAGCAGCAAAAGAAAGUGAAGCACGCUGCACAACGUGGCCGCGCUGCUAACAGGACUGAUUCUAUUUUACCAACUCCCACUGUAUUUAUGCCUCAUGUGCAUCAAGUAGGUUCUACCCAACCAUUUAAUCAGAUUGUGCAUCCAUCUCAGCUUCCGAUUCCUCCUCGGCUUUCCUAUGGGUUGCCACAAGCACACUUUCAUCCAGGUCCUCAUAUGAUAGGACAACCUCAUGGUAGUUUCAUCUACUCGACGGAUCCUGGGAUUCAACUGCAGCAGCAAGCCCGGCAUAUGUUUGUUCCUUUGCCAGUCCACCAGCCAGCGAUUAAUAGGUCGUUCCACCCCCAUGGUUUCAACGGGGCACAUGAGGUCCUGUAUGAUGACAAUAGCUGGUUACCUUACGGAAUCAAUCCGAAUUACAGGAGGGUAUGA